ACCCCAUAGGCCCUAUGCCGACCAUCCCCGGGCUGCACCACACGGUCCCCAGCCCUGCGCCAUGGGGCCUCCCUGGACCUUUCUCCUCCUCCUCCUCCUCCUCCCGGGGCCCAGCUACCAGGACCCACAGCUGGCCAUGGUGGCCCCGAGGCGCGUGGCGCUGGGGGUGCCGGCCGGGGUCCUGCUCCAGGCCACAGGGCCGGUGGCUGGGGCGCUGGUGGCCCAAGCCCAGGGGGCCACCGACGGGACCGGGCUCUGCUCCGCCGAGGUGCCGUUCUCCCUCGAGCCCCACAACGACUUCAGCCAGCUCCUGCACAUCCAGGUGUCCCUGGAGCAGGCAGCACGCUGCGGGCUGGUGGACAAGGGUGGGGGCCGGGCGCUGCUGCUGGAGGCCCGGAGCCCCCAGCUGCCCCCCCCUGGGAGCCAGCGUCUGCAGGUGACCUGGGGAGGUCCCCGGGGCCACCUCUUCGUGCAGACCGACAAGCCCAUCUAUGCCCCCCAGCAGACCGUGCGCUUCCGUGUUUUCUCCCUGGACCUGGACCUGCAGCCCAGCCUCAGCCCCAUCCUCGUCACCAUCCUGGACGGGCAGGGGGUGCCGGUGCGGCAGAAGCAACAGGUGCCGGUGAACGCGGUGCUCAGCGACCACCUGACGCUGCCCGACGUGGCCCGGCCGGGCACGUGGCAGAUCCAGGCCCAGCUUAUCCACUCACCCGAAACCGUGGGGAACAUCUCCUUCGCCGUUCGCAAGUAUGUGCUGCCCACUUUUGACGUGAAGAUCGUCCCUGAGCAAAAGUUCAUCCUGGUGACGGACCCUGACCCCCCCGACCUCCACGUGGAGCUCCACGUCAAGUACUUGCAUGGGGCACCGGUGGGGGCUGGGCUGGCACGGCUGCGCGUGGGGCUGGGGGCCGUCGGCACCCCGGGGCGCUUCCUGCGGCCGCUGGAGCAGCAGGCGCCGGUGACGUCAGGGCGCGCAGUGCUGACGGUGUCGCCGCGGGAGGUGGCGCGGGCGCUGGGGCGGCCGCUGCCGGAGCUGGCGGGGGCGCGGCUGCGCCUGGCGGCCGCCGUGCUGGAGACGCGCGGGGGGGAGCUGGUGCAGCAGGAGUCGAUGGCCGUGAAGCUGGUGGCGUCGCGCUGGAGCCUGGAGCUGGCCGAGACCCCCCGCGUCUUCGUGCCCGCCGCCCCCUUCCUGCUGCUGGUGCAGGUGAAGGAGGCGGACGGCGCCCCGGCACCCCACGUGCCGGUGCGGGUGCGGGUGCUGGUGCAGGGCGCCGGGGGCCCCCUGGAGCUGCCCCCCCCCGGCGAGGGGGCCGAGGUGCCCCGCACUGACGCCACCGGCACCCUCGUCUUCCCCGUGAACGUCCCCGCCGGCGCCACCACCCUCAACCUCACGGUGGAGGCGGGGGCGGCGGGCCCCCCCGCGCGGGCCGCCCUGGCCGCCGCCGCCGUCGCGGGGCCGCUGGCGCUGGCGCUGGAGGCGCCGCCGCUGCCGCUGCCGCCCGGGCAGCUGCUGCCGCUGCGCAUGCGCCGCUCCGGGGGCGGGGCCGAGCCCGACGGCCCCACCCACCUGCUGGACACUCCCCGCCAUGGGCCCCCCCUCCAUGGGCCCCCCCAUGGCCCCCCCAUGGGACACCCCCCCCGGGGAACCCACUCCAUGGGACCCCCAGGGACACCCAUCCCGGGACCCCCCCAGGACACUCCCCCCCCCAUGGGACCCCCCCCUGCAUGGGCCUCUCCAUGGGACACUCCCCCCCCGGGAUCCCCCCCAAUGGGACACCGCCCCCAUUGGAUACCCCCCCGGGACCCCCCUAUGGGACCCCCCCAAUGGGACACACACCCCCCGGGACACCCCCCAAUGGGACCCCCCCAUGAGACACCUCCGCUGGGGACCCACCGUGGGAGCACUCCGGAUGCCCCUGGGUACACUCCCCCAUUGGAUCCCCCCAGAACUCCCCCAUGGGACCCCCCCGGCCCUCCCCGACCCCCCCCAGGACCCCCUCGGGAGCCCCCCCAUGAGACCCCCCAUGGGAACCACCUCGGGACUCCCCCCCCAGGGACCCUCGGGGCUCCCAGCUGGCGCGGGGAGGGGGGCAGCGUGGGCUGCAUGUGCAGGGCAGGGAGCACACGGCGGGGGCGGGGGGGCGGCGGGGGGGGCGUUGCGUUGCGUGUUAUUUGGUGUGUGGCGUGUUGCAUCGCCUGUUGCAUCACCUGUUGCAUUGUGUGUUGCAUUGCAUCUUGCACGGUGCAUGGCGUGUUGCAUUGUGUGUUGUGUGUAGCAUGGCACGUGGUGCAUGGCAUGUUGCUUCGCCUGUUGCACUGCGUGUUGCAUUGCACUAUAGCAUUGCAUGUUGCAUUGCGUGUUCUGUGUUGCAUGGCGUGUGGUGCGUGGCGUGUUGCAUUGCCUGUUGCAUUGCACGCUGCGUGUUGCAUCGCCUGUUGCAUUGCACGUGGCAUGGCGUGUGGUGCGUGGCGUGUUGCAUUGCCUGUUGCAUUGCACGCUGCGUGUUGCAUCGCCUGUUGCAUCGCCUGUUGCAUUGCACGUGGCAUGGCGUGUGGUGCGUGGCGUGUUGCAUUGCCUGUUGCAUUGCACGCUGCGUGUUGCAUCGCCUGUUGCAUCGCCUGUUGCAUUGCACGUGGCAUGGCGUGUGGUGUGUGGCGUGUUGCAUUGCCUGUUGCAUUGCACGCUGCGUGUUGCAUCGCCUGUUGCAUCGCCUGUUGCAUUGCACGUGGCAUGGCGUGUGGUGCGUGGCGUGUUGCAUUGCCUGUUGCAUUGCACGCUGCGUGUUGCAUCGCCUGUUGCACCGCACGCUGCACUGCACACGGCCUGCUGCGUGGCGCGUCGCGUGGCGCGUCGCGUGCUGCCGUGCACGGCGCGUGGCGCGUGGCGCGUUGCUCCGCCCGGUGCCUCACGCGGUGCCUCCCGCGGCGCCCGGCGGCGGCGCAGGUGGUGGCGCGCGGGCGGCUGCUGCGGGCGCUGCGGGCGCCGCCGGGCGCCGUGACGGAGACGCAGGUGCCGCUGCCGCCGGCGCUGGCUCCCGCCUGCCGCCUCGUCGCCUUCUUCCGCGCCGGCGGCCGCCUGGUGGCGGCGGGGCUGCGGCUGCGCCUGGCGCCGCCCUGCCCCGGCCAGGUGGCGGUGCAGCGGGCAGUGCGGGGGGGGGAGCUGCUCCCCCAGAGCACGGUGGAGCUGACGGUGACGGUGACGGAGCCGGGGCCGGUGACGGUGGCCCUGGGAGCCACCGACGGCGCUGUGCUGGCCCUGGACGGGGGGCGCCAGCGCCUGAGCCAGGACAAGGUGGCGGUGGCCCUGGGGGCCCUGGACCAGGGCUGUGGCCCCGGGGGGGCCCCCGACGCCUGGGGGGUGUUCGAGGCCGCGGGGCUGGCGCUGGCCGUGGGGGGGGUCCAGAGAACCCCGGAGCCACCCGCAUGUCCCCCCAACCCUGCGCGGCGACGGCGCUCGCUGGAGCUACAGAAGCUCUUGGAGGAGGAGGAGGAGAGGGCGGGGCCGUCGGGCGGCCGCUGCUGCCGGGACGGGGCGGUGGCGCUGCCGCUGCGGCGCUCGUGCGCGGCGCGGGCGCGGCGGGUGCCGCGGGAGGACGGCUGCCGCGCGGCCUUCGAGCGCUGCUGCGCCCGCGCCCGCCACUGGCGGCGCCGUCACGCCGCGCGGGGCGCCGGGCUGGCGCGCGUGCUGGACAUGAUGCCAGACGAGGAGCUGCUGGAGGACGAUCUGCCCACGCGGAGCUUCUUCCCCGAGAGCUGGCUCUGGCGCAGCCUCAGGGUCAACGGCUCGGAGCGGCUCUCAGUGCCACUCCCUGACUCCAUCACCACCUGGGAGAUCCAGGCCAUCGCCAUCAUCCCCGGCUACGGCGUGUGCGUGGCGGCCCCACUGCGCCUGCAGGUGACGCAGGAUCUGCACGUGGGGCUGCGGCUGCCCUACAGUGCCCGCCCCCGCGAGCAGCUCCAGCCCCGGGCCCUGCUGCACAGCCGCCUGCCCCAGGACGUCAACGUGACGGUGAGCCUGUCGGUGGCGGCGGGGGUGUGCGCGGCGCUGGCUGAGGGCCCGCAGCACCUCGAGGUGCCCGCCGGGGCGGUGGUGGCCAUGCCCUUCACCCUGGUGGCCCUGGGCCCCGGUGACAUCCCCAUCACCAUCACUGCCCGCGGGCCCUGGGGUUUUGGCGACCGCAUCACCCGCAUCCUGCACGUCAAGGCUGAGGGUGAGCUGCACCUGGAGGAGACCAGCUACGUCCUGGACACUGACGGCCAGAGGGGCUGGAGCCUGCAGAUCCCCGGGGACAUCCCGGCCGAUGUCGUCCCCGACGGGGACUUCUCCAUGAGCGUCCGUGUGUCUGGGCGGGUUCUGGGGGCGACGCUGGAGGCGGCGCUGGGCGCGGGGGCGGCGGGGGUGCUGCUGCGGGCGCCGCGGGGCUGCGGCGAGCAGACCCUGAUGGUGCUGGCGCCCGCCGCCGCCGCCCUGCGCUACCUGGACCACAGCCGGGCCUGGGCCCGCCUGCCCCCGGGCUGCCGCCAGCGGGGCCUGCGCGCCCUGCAGCAGGGCUACGAGCGCAUCCAGAGCUUCCGCAAGGACGACGGCUCCUACGCGGGCUGGCGGCACCGGCCCAGCAGCACCUGGCUGUCGGCGCUGGUGCUGCGGGUGCUGUCGGGGCUGCGGCGCUGGCAGCAGGUGGACGAGGCCGGGCUGCGGGCCACCACCCGCUGGCUGCUGCGCCAGCAGGGCCCCUCGGGCGCCUUCCGCGAUCCCCAGCCCAUCAUCCACCGGCGCAUGCAGGGCGGCAUGGCGGGCGCAGAGGCGGCCGUGGCGCUCACGGCCUUCGUGGCCGUGGCCCUGCACCAGGCCCGCGACGUGCACGGCCCUGAGCACACCGAGCAACAGCAGCUUCUGGACGCGGCGCUAGCGCGGGCCGCAGGCUUCCUGCGGGGCCGCAUGGAGAUGGCAGGGCCCUUCGCGGCUGCCAUCGGCACUUACGCCCUGGCCCUCAGCGACACCCCGGGGUCCCCCGAGCCCCUGCUGCGGCUCGCGCGGAGCGCCCACAACGGCUCGGCGCAGUUCUGGCCGGCCGGCGGGGCGGCCGAGACGGUGGAGGCCACGGGCUAUGGGCUGCUGGCGCUGCUGCGGCUCAACGACGUGGCUGGGGCCCUGCGGGCAGCCCGGUGGCUCCGUGAGCAGAGCAACUACGGCGGUGGCUUCCACUCCACCCAGGACACAGUGGUGGCACUGGAGGCGCUGAGCGAGCUGUGGCUGCACUCGCCGCAGCUGGAGGAGCUCGGCCUUGAUGUCACCUUCGCGUGGCCACGUGGCCCUGGGAGACACAGUGCGGCCGGGAGGACGCAGGUGACACUGCGGAAGGGGCUGGAGCACGUCGAGAGGAAGCUGGAGGUGCCCCUGGGCAGCCCUGUGACGGUGCAGGUGAAGGGUGAAGGCCAGGGGACCCUCACCGUGCAGCGGCAGUACCGGGUGAUGUCUCCUGCCAAUGGGACCUGCGGGGAGCUGGGCCUCGAGGUCUCCCUCAGUGGCCCAAUCAACUAUGAGCAGGAGGACUACGAGGACUACGAGGACUACGAGGAGGGGGCAGGACCGGGAGAAGGGGCGGGGCUGGAGGAGGGGGUGGAGCCCCGGCGGCGGCGGCAGGCUCUGGCCUCCCCAGAGCUGCGGAGCCGCCAGGCGGCCAUGCACGUCUGCAUCUGGCGGCAGGCGGGGACACCGCUCGCUGGCAUGGCUGUGGCCGAGGUCGCUCUGCUCAGCGGCUUCCGGCCCCACCGCGACGACCUGGACAAGCUGCGGGACGUGGUGGACCGCUACAUCAGCCACUACGAGCUGGACGGGGGGCAGCUGGUGCUCUACUUUGACGAGGUGCCACCCCAGCGGGACUGUGUGACCUUUGGGGUGACGCAGGAGGUGGCCGUGGGGCUGCUGCAGCCAGCGGCCGCUACCAUCUUCGACUACUACGAGCCAGAGCGCCGCUGCACCGUCUUCUACAGCGCCCCCCGGCGGAGCAGCUUCGUGGCGACGCUCUGCUCCCCCGGCGUCUGCGAGUGCGCCGAAGGCGCCUGCCCCCGGGCCCAGCGGCCAUUGGCCAAGGAGCUGACGGCGGCCAAACGCCUUCACUUCGCCUGUAACAGCCCCCGCGUGGACUACGCGCUGGUGGUGGAGGUCCAGGGCGAGGGGCAGUUCGGGGCCUUCGUGGGAGCCGAGACCAAAAUCGUGGAGGUUCUGCAAAGCGGCCCCUGGGAGGCGGCUGUGGGACAGCAGCGGCGGUUCCUGGUGCGGGGGGGCUGCCGGCUGCGCCUGCGCCCCCAGCGCCGCUACCUGCUCAUGGGCCGCAGCGGCCCCACACGUGACCCACAUGGCCGGCCGCAGACCCUCCUGGGCCCCGACUCGUGGGUUGAGGAGGUCCCGUCCGCCUCCCGCUGCGGGGCCACCCUCCUGCGGGGCGUCUGCGCCGAGCUGCAGUCCUUCCUCGAGGACUUCGCCCGGCACGGCUGCCAGGUCUGAGCCCCACCGGGACCUGCUGGGACUGUGCUGGGGCCAACUGGGAUCAACCAGGACCGUGCUGGGGCCAACGGGGAUCAUGCUGGGGCCAAGUGGGGUCAAGCAGGACCAACUGGGAGCAACUGGAACUGUGCUGGGACCAUGCUGGGACC